AUGGAGAGCUGCCGCCCGCUGGCGCUGUGCGCCCUGGCCGCCGCGCUGCUGCUGGGCGCCCGCGGGCACGAGCCGCCCGAGCCGCCCGAGCCGCCGCGCCGCGACCGCGACCUCGCGCCCGCCGCCGCCUCCCACGAGAAGGAGCUGAUCGAGGCGCUGCAGGAGGUGCUGGAGAAGCUGAAGAGCAAGCGGAUCCCGCACUACGAGAAGAAGUUCGGGCAGGUGCCCAUGUGCGACGCCGGGGAGCAGUGCGCCGUGAGGAAGGGGGCCCGCAUCGGCAAGCUCUGCGACUGCCCCCGCGCCACCUCCUGCAACUCCUUCCUCCUCAAGUGCCUGUAG